AUGUCCAGGGUGCUCGUAGACACUGGGGCCUUAGUUAGCGUAAUAUUUCGCGAUGCAUACAAAGCUUUGAACAGAGGAAGAGCCAAGCUGUCACAAGAUAGUGAGCCCCUCAUUAGUUUUUCAGGAGAUAUCAUCCAACCACUCAGAUCAGAUUACUUAUCGAUCACGAUAGGAGAAAGUCCAAAUUGUUCAACCAUCAAAACAGAGUUCAUCGUGGUGGACUGCGUCUCAUCCUAUAAUGCUAUCCUGGGUCGACCGGCACUCUGGCGUCUGAAAACCUUCAUUGCAGGUCACAUGCUGAUGAUGAAAGUGCCCACCCCGGCCGGCACUGCUACGAUCCGGGGUGAUCAGGCCGCUGCGAGGAAAUGUUAUUCUUUGACUGUAUCUCGUGGUAAGGGAAAGUCUGAAAUGUUGCACGUAGCUACUAACCCUCUGACAGACAAGUACGAAGAUCUUAGAGAUGAUACCGAUUCCGACGAACGGCCCAGUGCCGUAGAAGACAUUGAAGAGGUGGUGCUAUCAGAGCAGUUCCCGGACAGGACUGUUAAGAUUGGUACUAGGCUGUCUCCGGUUGUCAGGGAAGGGUUGAUCUCGUUUCUCCGCUCUAACACAUCUGCAUUCGCCUGGUCAUAUGAGGACAUGCCUGGUAUACCGACGGAGAUAGCCACGCACAAUCUUAGUAUUGUUCCUUACUCGACACCGGUAAGACAAAAACGAAGGGCCUUCACACACGAUAAGUACCGGGCUAUCCAGGUUGAAGUAAAGAAGUUGAUGGCCAUCAAAUUUGUCAGAGAAGUAACAUACCCCCGGUGGUUAGCCAACGUGGUCAUGGUACCAAAGAAAUCUCCGGGAUCAUGGCGCAUGUGUGUGGACUACACCAACCUCAACCGAGCGUGCCCUAAAGAUAGCUUCCCGCUCCCGCGAAUUGACCAAUUAAUCGACUCCACUGCUGGGUACCGGUUACUCAGUUUCAUGGAUGCGUUCAGUGGAUACAACCAAAUUCGAAUGAAUGCGGCAGACGAGGAGCACACUGCCUUUACCACAGACAAAGGACUUUAUUGCUACCAGGUAUAUGUGGACGACAUGCUGGUAAAAAGUCUAACUCCGGAGGAUCACGUAACCAACUUAUCAAUCGUCUUCACCAUCAUAUUGCGCAAUGGUAUGCGACUUAACCCACAGAAGUGCAUCUUCGGGGUCGAGGUAGGAAAGUUUCUCUGGUACAUCAUUAGCCACAGGGGAAUUGAGGCCAAUCCGGAGAAGCACGUCGAGGUAAUAGCCUGGACAGCGGAGCACAAGGCUGCUUUUCUUGGCUUGAAGGCAUACUUGUCAGAGGUACCUCUACUCUACAAACCUGUUCCAGGAGAAUUGCUCUACAUAUAUCUGGCGGCAUCGUCAACAGCUGUGAGCUCAGUUCUUAUUAGGAAGGACUCCGAUUGCGAGUACCCAGUGUACUACGCUGGAAAAGGUUACACUGGUGCAGAAUCCAGGUACCCGGACAUUGAAAAAGUGGCACUGGCCCUCCUGGUAUCAGCCCGGAAGCUUAGACAUUACUUCCAAGCGCACUCAAUCACCGUUUUCACUAAUCACCCAUUGAGGCAGGUUUUGCAGAAACCAGAGACAUCGGGCAGGUUAAUUAAAUGGGCCAUCGAGCUGGGGGAGUUCGAUAUCAAGUACCAGCCCCGGACAGCUAUUAAGGGCCAGGCAGCGGUAGAUUUUAUUUCCGAGUCAAUUCCCCCCCAUAACCUGCCCCUGGAAUCACCUGAACCACUAGCCGCAGAUCCACCUCCGCCAGGCACUUGGCAAUUAUACGUCGAUGGCGCGUCCAACAAGAAAACCAGUGGAGCCGGUAUCAUGCUAAUUAGCCCGGACGAUCAAGUCUACGAGUACGCCCUCAAAUUUGCCUUCAAAGCAUCCAACAAUGCCGCAGAGUACGAGGCACUCAUAGCAGGUCUGCAGAUCGCCCGGGAACUAGGGGUGCAGCACCUUAGUAUCUUCAAUGAUUCUCAGUUAGUCGUAAACCAGGUAUGCGGUAACUUCGAGGCAAAGGAGCCCCACAUGUCCUCUUACCAGGCCUUAGCCCGGGCAUUAGUUCAGAGGUUUACCUCCUACAUUUUUACCCAAAUACCGAGGGCAGAAAACGACAAGGCAGAUGCCCUUGCUAAGCUUGCAUCAAAUUCUCCAAGUCCUACCUAUGGGGCCACUAAGGUCGAAAUACUCGAAAGACCUAGCACUUCUAAAACGGUGUCAGAAAUAUUUACGGUGGACCACACAGCUUCAUGGAUGGACCCAAUUUUGAAAUACAUGGUCGACGGCCAGGCACCGGACGAUAAGGUCGAGGCCAGAAGACUACAGUUAAGGUCAGCUCGAUACACGAUCAUGAAUGGAAAAUUGUACAGAAGAGGUCACUGCUUUCCUAACCUGAAGUGUGUAACACCGGAGGAAGGUCACAAAGUAAUGAAGGACAUUCACGCUGGUGCACUCUUCAAUGUGUACGCCAUUGACGCCAGCGAGGAAGAUACUCAUCUGAAGGAAGAGGUUAGCAAUCUCUCCGGGCAGGUGAAGUAUCUUCACGGCGAGAAGGCCAAGCUGGAGAAGCAGAGGGACUCAUUGAAGGCUGAGAUGGCCGCCGCUAAGCAGCGGAUCGCAGAGCUUGAGGGUGAAGUCUCUGAGGCGCGGGAAGAGGUAAAAAAUGCCCAGGACUCCAAGAAAAGAGCUACAGAGUCUGCCGUGUCAUGGAAGGAGAAGGCAGACCACCUGGAGGAUCGCCUUCCCGUGGAGAGGCACGAGGUCGUGGAGGAGUACAAGUCCUCGGAAGCGCUUAUCGCUAUGCUGGCUGCUGCCCAAGAUAAGGCUGUUAUCAUGAAAUUCAAGGAGUGGGUGGCGGCCGGGUAUUUAGAUGAAGCUAAAUUCAGGCGGGGUCUCCUGGAGAAAAAGAAGAAAGAUCGGGAGGCGGCGGCCAAGUCUGGUGUCGGAGGGUCCCAGAGUACCGGUGGCGAGCGGUUGUAA